UCAUUCCUGCCACUCAAGCCCAGUUCGUAGCAAAGUGAGCUCAUCCCACCGCAGGGACCAGGCACCUCGCGGCUUCCUCGGCAGCCUUUUUCUCCGGGCAAAACUUUUCCCACCUCCUUUUCCUUGCUCACUCUCUCUUUCCCUCGCUCUCACUUUCUCCCUCGGCCACAUCUUUGCCUCGAGAUACCACGUUUGAUUGAGAAACAGACCAGGGACAACGACCCCCCUUCCCCCCUUCCUAUAGCUUUGUCCCUUCCCCCUUUUCUCCUUCCCCUCCUUUUUAUUAAUAUCUUUUUUAACAACAACAAGAACAACAACAACAAAUCUACUCGAUUCAUUCUCUGCGGAUCUUUUUCCAGAGCUGAUCUGCGUUUGCCCUUUCCUCUUAACCUCCGCCAUACCUGGAUAUAAUACGUUGAGAGUCAAGCUGCCUUCAAAAUGACAAGUCUGGGCGGAGCUGUCCCAAGGAUGAUGCGACCAGCUCCCGGACAGAAUUAUCCUCGCAGCGGGUUCCCAUUAGAAGUGUCGACUCCGCUGGGCCAAGGCCGAGUCAACCAGCUCGGGGGCGUCUUCAUCAACGGCCGGCCUCUGCCCAACCACAUCCGCCACAAGAUCGUGGAGAUGGCUCACCACGGGAUCAGGCCGUGCGUCAUCUCUCGCCAGCUGCGAGUCUCGCACGGCUGCGUCUCCAAGAUCCUCUGCAGGUACCAGGAGACCGGCUCCAUCCGGCCAGGGGCAAUCGGAGGCAGCAAACCCAAGCAGGUGACGACGCCGGAUGUCGAGAAGAAGAUCGAGGAAUAUAAACGAGACAACGCGGGCAUGUUCAGCUGGGAGAUCCGGGACAAGCUGCUGAAGGACGGCGUGUGCGACAGAAACACCGUGCCUUCAGUGAGCUCCAUCAGCCGUAUUCUGAGAAGCAAAUUUGGGAAGGGAGAAGAAGAAGAAGCCGAGCUGGAGAGGAAGGAAGUGGAGGAGAGCGAGAAGAAAGCCAAGCACAGCAUCGACGGCAUCCUCAGCGAACGAGCUUCAGCACCACAGUCAGAUGAAGGUUCUGACAUAGAUUCUGAACCAGAUCUGCCAUUAAAGAGAAAGCAACGCCGCAGUAGAACAACCUUCACUGCAGAACAAUUAGAGGAGCUGGAAAGAGCUUUUGAGAGGACCCACUACCCUGAUAUAUACACCCGAGAGGAACUUGCGCAACGAGCUAAACUCACUGAAGCUCGGGUUCAGGUGUGGUUUAGUAAUCGUCGAGCUAGAUGGAGGAAGCAAGCUGGGGCCAAUCAACUGAUGGCUUUCAAUCACUUGAUCCCAGGUGGAUUCCCACCCAGUGCCAUGCCAACUCUGCCAACGUACCAGCUAUCAGAAUCUUCCUACCAGCCCACUUCUAUUCCACAAGCUGUGUCAGACCCAAGCAGUACAGUCCACAGACCUCAGCCUCUGCCACCAAGCACUGUGCACCAAAGCAGCCUGCCAUCAAACCCAGAAAGCAGCUCAGCGUACUGCCUCCCGAGCACAAGGCAUGGGUUUUCCAGCUAUACAGACAGCUUUGUGCCUCCAUCCGGGCCUUCAAAUCCUAUGAACCCUGCCAUUGGCAACGGCCUUUCACCCCAGGUAAUGGGCCUCUUAACUAACCAUGGUGGUGUACCUCACCAGCCCCAAACUGACUAUGCCUUGUCCCCAUUAACUGGGGGUUUAGAACCAACCACUACAGUAUCGGCUAGCUGUAGUCAAAGACUAGAUCAUAUGAAAAGUUUAGAUAGCCUGCCUACAUCCCAGUCGUACUGCCCACCAACAUACAGCACCACUGGUUAUAGUAUGGACCCUGUCACGGGAUAUCAGUAUGGACAAUAUGGACAAAGUGCCUUUCAUUAUCUGAAGCCAGAUAUUGCAUAAAUGAACUGCCCACUCCAAGUUAAAGCCAGUCUUGUUCCUGGUCUCACUCCAGUAUUUGGAAUGGAGCGAUCUUCUCACCAAAAUGAGGCCCAGAACGGAGUGAUCAUACAAGAGAUAAUGGGACUGUUAUGUUUUUUCCUCCAAUCAAUGCUUUCAAUAAGACAUUUGGACAUGUUGGGUAAAGCAGCUCGGAAGACAAAGACCAUGAGCCAUAACACAAAUAAAAAACAGCACAGUUCAGCACUGAUUUGUAUAAAGAAGGAAAAAAAUGGCAGAAUGUUUCAAACUGCUGGGCUGCAGUAAACAUUCCAUUUUUAGGUUGACGAAGAGGCAUGGAUUCCUUUGGACACACCAUGUUCUAGAAUAUGGCAUGGGAUAUUCUGCAAAUUCAAACCAUUUUCGACAUUUGAUGCUGACUUUUGACUCUGCUCGGUUUGCAAAGCACGGGCAGGAGAACACUGUUUUACACACUGGAAACUCAAAAGGAAAUGUUAAGGUCCGUAGGAAGCUAGACUAGAUGUUUGAAGACUUCCAGAAAUA